AAUGAUUAUUAUAAUAAUGAUAACAAGAAAAAUAAUAAUAAUUACUUUAAUAAUUACUUUGUACAGCAAAGUAAAAGCACAAUUCCCAGAUGAUUGCAAGGAUAUCAAUUUUGAGUUUGUAAAGAACUGUUAUGGGACACAAGCCUCGAUUAGCGAAUGGAGUAAAAAUUUAUGGCAGCAUACUGUUGAAAUCUAUUGCAUCCACCACCACUGUCUAUGUUCGUUUAUUUGCUGAUGACUGUGAUGACUCCGAGUUUGAUAAAAGCCCUUUUGAAUUUGAUGAAAAGAAGUUAGAAAAAGAAGAUGACCCAAGUGUUAUACUUCAUGAUGCUGAUAAGACUACUGCAGUUGACAAGAGGGAAACUAUUGACCUUACUGAAGAUAAGGAGUUUACAGAAAUAGAUGUAAUCACCCAAGAGAUCAUAAAUCACUGUGUAAAUGAUGUGCAAAACCCUGUUGAAAUACUAAAGUAUGCUCAAGGGAAGAUUCUAAAUGGUAGACCAUUGGAGACAGCAGAUGUAUGAAUUGAAAUAGAAGGGGAAACCAAUUUUAUUCUGGUUGACAGAGAGAAUUUACUGGAAUCGGUAUUUGAGGAAAUAAGCACAAUAAGUAACUUCAGGUUACCAUUUGAAGUGAACUUUAUUGGCGAGGCUGCAAGGGACUUUGGAGGCCCUAGGAAGGAGUUUUUUCGAUUGAUGCUGAUUGAGAUUAAAGACAACCUUUUUGAAGGUGGAGUGUUACGGGAAGAUUUUUCUGAAGAAUACAAGCCAGCUGGCACUGUAAUGGGGCUGAGUGUUCUUCAGAAUGGUAAAAAUCCUCAAUUCUUCCCUGAAAACAUUCUUAAAGAACUAGCAAAUGGCGACACAUCAUCAUCAUGUGUAAGAAAUCUCAUGAGAGGGUUUCGUAAAGUUGGUGUUCUCCGGCUAUUGAUGAAACUACCCACUUUCAUGUAUCUCUUCAUUCCAAGUGAAGCAAGUGCUCUCAGUGUGAAGAAGCUUGCUAAUCUUCUCACUCCUAAAUUCUGUGAGGAAGGCUCAAAUGCAAGAAAAUACUAGAAGGAAGUAUAUGCUGCAUUUAUUCGUUACAUUAAAGAAGUUGCUGCUGGAAGGAGAGUGUCAGGAAAUAACACCCUUAACCUUGGUCAUGUGCUGCAGUUUGUGUGUGGAACAGAUGAAGAACCUACACUAGGAUUUGUUUUAUCACCAGAAAUCAAUUUCAUUGAAUGUGGUGAUGCAUUUAUGCCCACAGCCAAUACAUGCAUAAAUGUUCUCAAUCUACCCAUCCCAAGCUACUCCAAACAGCUUCCAGGUGACGAGUUUUUGUUCAACCUUUAUGACUUGGCUUUCAGUAGUUCCUACUUUGGUGUUGUAUAAUUUUACAAAAACUGUGGGCUAGGAAAAAAAAGGGGGAGAUCGACUGUUUGUUAUCAAGGGAACAUGUUUUGAAUCAUGGUUUUAACCUUUUGCAUGUUAACAGUUUGUUCUAACUAAAAACAUUGUCAUAAUAACACCUUUGGUUGUGGUUUCAUAUAUUUACAAAGUUUUAAAAUUUGUUA